UUCAUUUCGCAUUUCGCCGUUCGAGGUUCGUUUUUUGACUCGUUUCGAUUCAUUAUUACUGGUGACCGUUAAGCCGUUAACGUGUUAGUUACUCGUCGUUUGUAAAGUCGACGACUCGAUUAAAAUCGCUCGAGCAUUUGCGCGAUCGCGUGCAAUUUUUUUCGCUAAUCGCGACGCGAGUGAUACCCUACUGGUGCGUUCACCCGUCGUUUUUUUCCGCCUUUGUUGAACUUUUUCCGAUCGUUCGAUAAAUUCUUGCGUUGUUAAAAAUAUGGCCGACGUUGACUCGUACGCCUAUACCACCACCAAGGUGCGCAAAACCAAGAAAACCACGUCUACGAAAAGACGCGAAAGCACGGAUGGUGGAAAUGCCGAAGUUACCAUCACCGAAGUAACCGAAAAAGAAAACCACAUCCCAUCUCUCACCAAUGGAAUCUCGCGCAAACAAAGCGGAGACUUCACAAACACAAAAACCACAACCACAACCAAAGAAUGGCAAUCAACGCAUUUCUGUUGCUGGCAAUGCGACGAAUCGUUGACCGGUCAGAGAUACGUGUUGAGAGAUGAACAUCCUUAUUGUAUCAAAUGCUACGAAUCCGUGUUCGCAAAUCCCUGCGAAGAAUGCAACAAAAUCAUCGGAAUUGAUUCCAAGGAUCUGUCUUAUAAGGAUAAACAUUGGCACGAAGCUUGCUUCUUAUGUAGCAAAUGUACCGUUUCUUUAGUCGAUAAGCAAUUCGGAUCGAAAUUAGAGAAAAUCUACUGCGGCAAUUGCUACGAUUCACAAUUCGCCUCAAGAUGCGACGGUUGCGGAGAUAUCUUUAGAGCAGGUACGAAAAAAAUGGAAUACAAAACCCGACAAUGGCACGAAAAAUGUUUCUGUUGCGUCGUUUGUAAAUCUGCGAUCGGAACUAAAAGUUUUAUUCCGAGGGAGCAAGAAAUCUAUUGCGCCGGUUGCUACGAAGAGAAAUUCGCCACGAGAUGCAUCAAAUGCAACAAGAUCAUCACCAGCGGAGGUGUAACUUACAAAAAUGAACCGUGGCACAGAGAAUGUUUCACGUGUACGAAUUGCGACGCUUCAUUGGCCGGACAGCGUUUCACGUCCCGGGACGACAAACCAUAUUGCGCCGAAUGCUUCGGAGAAUUGUUUGCCAAACGAUGCACGUCCUGCAGUAAACCUAUUACUGGUAUCGGCGGAACACGAUUCAUUUCGUUCGAAGAUCGUCAUUGGCAUAACGACUGUUUUAUUUGCGCUUCCUGUAAGACUUCGUUGGUUGGACGCGGUUUCAUUACCGAUGCAGAUGAUAUCAUUUGCCCAGAGUGUGCUAAACAGAAACUUUCGUAAACCAGUCAGUCAUGGCUGUUCAUCCAUCAUACCAUACACACACCGUACCCCCUACUUAGCGCCUACCUACUUACUUUACCUAAUUACUUAAUUACUUACAUAUUUAUUACGUUCACACUAUGUAUACAAUACCUAUACUUAUGUAUACCUCUACCUACAUAAUGUCUAGUUCCAUAUACUAUUCGCUUAUCUGUUCAUAUCUGCAUGCCUUAAGUACAUACCUAUUCCGCUUCGAUCAAUCUAAAAUUAUACUUACUGAGUAACUCAUCUUACUCAGUUGUCAUGGCCUGUUUUGAGUAAUCCCGCCUAUUGUUGCGAAUUUUUUUCACGUCUCCUCAAUCCAAUAAAAUUCUUCCCUUUAAUCGUUCAUUUUCUCAUUUUUAUAUCAUUCGCCACUUUCUUGCCUUUCCUUUUCCCCAUCAUCUUUUCCUGUCAUUUCAUCCUUUUCUUUUUUUCCCCCAUCAUGUCAAAACAACAAACCGAUCGUAUUCGUAUUUUUUCCUUCUUUGUCAUUUCAUUCAAUUUAGAUAAUUUUUCUACUUUAUGUGAAGAUUGGCCACCACACCAUCAUUGACACUAUUUUGCGCUCAUGUACUCAAUAGAUACGUAUUUCUGUUUUUGUUUUCAUUAUCAUUUCGAUUACAGAUAAACAUCGAUAUUUCAUUCGUCAUUUUAAACUUUGGUUUUAUUUAUGCAAUCUUUUGCUGAAAAACGAUAAAUUCAUAAGUUUUCAGUGCACGAUCAUAUCGCGCCGGUGUUGAGGGAAAAAAAUCCGUCUAGAUCGAUCACAUUCCCGAAUUACACGUCAUCUGCGAUAGGCUAUGUAUAUUUUAGCAUGUUUGGGUCUGGAGUUGGGCAAAGUAGGUACUAAGACUCGAGUAGUUUCAUUUCGUUCUUUCGUUCGAUGACUGACUGAAGAAUAGAAAACUGGAGUUACCAAAGAAAAAAAAUUACAACUUGAUGCAUUUUACAAGUAUACGAUUUUUUAAAAGUACUGUAGGUAGGUCUGCGACGCCGAGUAAUUUUCGCGUUUCUUAUUUCGAUUCAUUUUGUAGAAAAUAUUGACCAGCGGUCGUCGUUAAACUUUUACAAAAACAGCCAUACGUUGUUUUAAAAUUUUUUACCAUUUCUUUAGAUGACUAUUUCCCCCUUUUUUUUGUUCGUUUACUUGUUUACUUAUUUAUUUAUUUAUUUUAUUUUAUUUUACUUAUUUAAUUAUUUUUUGAUUCAUUAUUCGUUUGAAGCAUAUAUCUAUGGUCCAAUCAGUUACAUCGGAUUUUUUUUUUUUGAUCGUAGCUUCAUCACGGACGAUCUUGGCAUAUUUCGUUUUCUCGUUUUAAGCAUUUAUUGUUAUUCAUAAGCGUCAUGUGAACGCGUUUUUUAACGGUUUUACCUACGAUUUAAAAGUUCUAGAAUAUACCUAUCGGCUAAAUAAGUUUAAUUUACACUUAGACUACAUACAAUUCAUACCAUAGCAUUCGUAAGUACUAUCCGCAUGUAACCCAUUUUAACUCAUCAGUCAUCACUUAUUGGUACAAAGUACAUGUAUCACUAAUAUUACAGUCGACGCGACGCUAACUUCUAUCAUUUCUAUAGAUAAGAAUGUAUACCUACUUGUACAUUUGUCGCCUUAUACUAUUUUACCAUUAUACAUUUUUUUCUUUCUUUGUA